GCCAACUGAUUAGAGACUGUGAUCAGACUACGUAUGUGGCAUGCUCUGUAAACAAUAUUGAUUCCAAUGUUCUUCAUACAAGCAAUCAUCCAAUUAAUAUGUGCAUUUCAUAUAACUUUUAUUGCGAACUUGGGAAAUAAAGAAACAAAGACCAGCAACGUCGACAUAUUUACGGUUUAAGUAGUUAUAGAUGGAAAUACGUAUUUGAAAAAAAAAGUCUACUUUAAAGCAUCACUAUAUACUCUAUCAAAAGUCAAAUUGGCAAUGUUAUCAAAUAUAUGAAACGUGAGCAAGAUUGUCCUAUAUUAGAUUGUAUGCAUCAUCUCGCGAUUCAUUGAUAACGCCCAUGAGAUAUAUAUAUACAAAGUCCACAAGUACGCACCCCAAAUAAGUAGAACGACACCACUGGAUACAUCAACGACAGAAAGCACUAGAUUGGAAGGUACAAUGGCACUGGAUACUUGUUGGGAUGAAACCGAAGUUAAAGACAUUGAAUCACAUUUACAGGAUGGAAGAAUGGUUGAACUUAGCACAUCGUUUCUUAUGCAGUUAAAAAAUUGUUCCGAACUUACUGACAAGGGCGGUGGAUUCGGUAAAAUACGUAUUUCCCGCGAGGUCAUCCCUGGAUUCAAACACCGACUUGUCUUAAAGGAGAUUGGAGGAGACGAUGGGAACAACAAAUCUCACACCCAACUUUUAAGUUCAGUUAAAAAUGAGAAGCUGGCAUCACGCGUCAGACAUUUUGCUAUUGUUCCACUGCUAGCAUACCACGACGACAUUUCGAUUGGGAAAUAUUACUUGAUUUCACCGUAUUUUGAAAAUCAAGACUUGUUCGAUGCAAUACGAUCUGACACUGGGGAACAGAUUAUUCUUGUGUGGAAAACAAGGCUGAAAGUGAUAUACCAGAUAGCCUGUGCAAUAGACUAUAUGCACACACCGAAUUCCUUCCGAGGAACCAUUCUUCAUUUGGACAUCAAGUCAAAAAACAUUGUGCUUGACAAAAUGUACAACGCUAGAUUAAUAGACUUUGGCUUGUCGAGGGAGUCUAAGGCAGGAGGGAAUAUAACGACAGGGCUUUUCUCAGGAACGGAGUUAUACCGACCACAAGGUUGUUACAAACCGAGCCCCAAACUGGAUUAUUAUGCUUUCGGUGUUGUAAUUCGAGAAAUUUUGACCGGUCUUGGUCCAGAUGGUACAGGACCUGAGGAAGCAGGCGCACCUCAGACACCAUUGGGGAAAUUGGAUAAGCGUAAUUUCGAACUUUUGAUACUGAGGCGAAUAUGGAACGUUUGUGUCUGGAAGGAUUUGUCAAUAAUAGCUGAUCGAUGCAUUUCGAGUUGCCACGACAAAAGCAAACAAAUAACGUCAGAUUCAAUGUUAUCGUCAUUGAAGUUGAUUUUAAGAAAAGAAGGACAAAAAGAGUGGACGGUUUUGGGAGACAAUAAGUGCGAAAUAUGUGUGGUAAAUGAACAAAUGGAACAAAAAUAUAGUUUUAUUGGCCCAGUAACAAGAAAAUAUCAUUAUUCUAACUGCACGACACAGAUCAAAACAUGUUGUGCCUGCAUGCGAAACGGGUAUAUUAAUCCAGUCAAGUGUCAAGGGUGCGAUAAAGACGACGAGAUCAAAGCGAUUAUCGGAGAUGGAUGGGGUGCCAUUUUAAUAGCUGGAUAUGACGAAGACAACAGUUUCUUUCAAAAAGAUGUCAAGGUGUUUGCACAUGCUAUAUCAUCGAAGGUUCUACCAUCAAUGUGUGUUAGCACUUGGAUAGUAAUUGAUCCGGCAAGAAAUACAGAACGGCCCGUGUCAGCAAGAAUUGAUGAUGCGUUUGAGGAGAUGGUCAAACGAGAUAUCCACACGUUGGUGUUCCUUUACUCAGGACAUCACGGCAAAACAGGAUUUCAAGUUGGCAUGAACGAAUAUGUCAGCAUACAACUCAUAAACGACAGGAUACAAAAAUGUACAAACAUUAAAAAAGUCAUAGGAUUUAUGGAUUGUUGCCAACCGGAGGAAAUCAAAGUAAACGCAGAACAAAAACUCAUUCAGUUCAACGCAACAAGUAGUGCGAAUGAGGUCAUAUGGAAAAAAGGAAAACCAAGUUAUUUUACCAAGGUGUUGGUACAGGCGUUUACAAUGAAAGCUUCAGGUGGCAAAUGUGAAUGUUCGGGUUGUGAAUGUUGCAUAGAUGGGGACUUCAUAACGAUCGACACAUUAAAGAAUUACAUUGAGAUACAUAGACAAAACGGACUUCUACCUCACGAUCCUCAAUGGUUCGUUAGCAAAAUGGAUUGGAAGAAUGAAUACCUUGCAUACAAUUACACAUACAAAGUGGCAUUUCGUUUCGAAAUUGUACUUCCAAAACCGUUUACGGCAAAACAGGCACACGAGGUUUCGGCAACAACUGUUGUAGACUAUCAGGGCCUGAUACAAAGGAUCCUUUUUCCGAAGUUUGUUAACUUAUUGGGAGAACGACUGAAUACAAAAGGAAAGCAUAUCUCACAUACAAACAAUGAUGUUGAUUGUUUGUGCAUUGUUUAUGAGACGGGCCCCAAAAGUUGUGAAGAGAUAGAUACCAUAGAAACACUUCUACUGGCAUGGAACGCAAAGCGUUUGUUGUUCUGCAAUUUACGGUUCUCUCAGAAAAGCAAUUUUCAUAAACCAUUUGGCUUUUUCUUGGAAAACGGCAAAUCUGUCCAGGAUUGCAUUUAUGAAAACGGUAAAUCUGUAAAGGACUACUUGUAUGAAAAGAACGAAUUUGAGAUGAACGAAAUGGAGAAUAUCUUACAAGAAUUACAAGAUAAACAGGAAAAGUGCGACACACCCGAAAACGCGAUAACAAAUUUUAUUUUAAACGUGUCUUCAUUCAUAAACUGGUGUAAGCAGACCAAGCUCAAGCAUCGAAAAUUAAAAAUUCGCUUCAUUGAUCUCUUUGAGGAAUGUUCCAGCUGCGUCGUUCACCUUUUGUUGAUUGCUCCAGGCGACGCAGGGUUCAGGGUUGGGGACACAGUAGCGAAGGACAAGAAACGCUUCGAGGCAAUCACUGAGGCCAAGGCAGACAAGUACCGUGCCUCCAAACAGAAAAACGCUGAGGUGAUGUGCACAAUAGAUGAACUUAUGGAGUGGUUCACUGAUGAGCAGAAGUUGUUGCAGUCAUGUGAGUCUAUCAGCUGUGAUCCUGCGCGUAUCCAGAAACAGCUGGCUGAACAGAAGGCAAUUAAUGACGACAUCAAUGCCCAGAAAGCCAAGGCCCGCAAUACCAUAGCAACGGGAAAACGCCUAAUUCGAAAGGGCUCCGUGGAGGACGAGACUUGUUUCAACGGUAAAAUGGAGCAACUGAAGCAACAGAGUGACACAGUCGCCAAGCUGGGCACCGUCAGACUGGUACAGCUGAAGCAGGCAUUGCCGAUGUCAAGGAAGUUCAAGGACGCGCACCAGGACCUGGUGAAGUGGUUCCAGGAAGUGGAGCCUAUAAUUGCUGAGCUCGUAGCCAUGUCCAUUAAUCAGGACACCGUGAAGAAACAGCAGGACAAGAUCAAGAUCCUGAAGCAGGACCUGCAGGACAACAAGCCCCUGAUGGACAAGCUCAACAAGACGGGUCUGGACCUUACUAAGCUGGCCAUGAGUCCUGCAGAUGUUGACCUCCUUCAAGAGACCAUGCAGGAUGACAACAGGCGCGUGGAGGACAUACGACGGGGAGUCAGAGAGCGCUCAAUGUCCAUAGAUGAGGCCCUGCAACAGUCUGCUGAGAUCGUGUGGGAUCCCGUGAAGAAGCGCUGGGUGGACAAGAAUGGGGACGACAAGGAGGAGACCCCUACUGCCCCACCCCCCAAUGACCAUGAACUCCCUGGCACAGUGUAUGCAGAAGUUUCCGAGGAGACUGAAACAUUGCAGUUUGACGAAGAGUUUGACGAAGAGUUAAGAGAGGUUGAACCUCCAGACGUAGACCACUUGGAAGACUCUGACACACGGGAAGUGGGAUUUGAUGUAGACAGUGACAAUGCCAGUGACAAUGAGGAUGAGACUGAAGAAGACAUAGAAGAAACUGAAAACGAGCCUCAAUCUGAUGAGGAAAACCCUGAUGAGGAUUUUGAUGAAGAAGAGGUCCAUGUAGAAAUGCUGAAAAAGCUGAUGAAAAUUUGAAGAUAGUACAGAUUUAGAUGGUGUGAAAGAAAGACUGCACGGCGAUUUGGAAAAUGCUCCUGGUGAGAAUUGUGAAAGUGAAUCAGACAGUGACCGACGAAGUAGUGGUGAGGUGUAUCAAAAUGCUUUAGAUGACAAUCGAAAAGUAGUGGAUAAAUAAAAUGUUGAACUGGCAGAAGAUCCUGGUGGAUCUUCUAUAGAUCCAGUAAAGGUUAAUGCAGACAAUGAUGAUUUGAUUAAUAAUUUAAUUGGUGAUACUUAAGAUUAGAUGGUGUUAAAAGUAAACUUGAAGAAAACAUUUCAGGGGAUAUUUUAAAUAAUGACAAAGACUUACAGAUCCUUCUAAUAAUACUAUAAAUAAAGCAGCAGAAAUAAAACAACAGUUGGGCACAAUUCCCACAGCUGAUAGUUCUGUUACCAAUGCAAAUGAUGCAAAUAGUGAAGAAGUUUCAAACAGAGUAAAAUUGAUUGUACACAAAUGGAUAUGUUGACAACAAGAAUAUGUAUGCUUUUAUUUGAUGUUUGAUAACUGAAUCUUAAUGAUAACAACAUGUUUUAGCAGACUUUUGAAGAAGACUGAAUGGUGUAAAGAAAAUUACCAAAUUCCAUGCAAUAAAAGCAUCAUUGGUUUCAAGGUUUGACCUAUAUCAUAUGUAUAUGCAUAUUGGAGUUAGAUUUGUUAUCUUGCUGUUUUGUUAGCAUGUUUAACAGAAGUCACAUAUCUAGUUGGUACAUCUGUUACCCCAUAGCAGUAGUCUAGACGAGAAAUUCAUAUAAUUACAUUGGCAGUUUUAUACAUUUGUUUAUUUGUAUUCUUUGUUUUAUAGAGCUCUAUAUGUACACAUAGAGUUUGUCCUGCAAUUGUUAACAGUGCUUGCACAUAUGUACAUACAUUGAAUAUUUUUAUAUAUAAACAUUACAUAUUAAUGCCAUUGAAUACUGUGUUAAAUGCUUUAUGUGUAUAGGAAUUGUUUGGUUAUAAUUUCUCGCACAGCUGUGAAGUUGGCUUAGAUUUGUUAUCUGUUUGCGUACAAGUAAACUUAGCCAGUCAAGCUCUGUCCUCAUUUGAAAACAUUGAUUAACAUACCGCAGUCGGAUUUCAUCUUUUGGUAUUGUAUCUUAUAAUUAAAAUGAAUUCUAAUUCAUAAGUAAUAACAGUAAGUAGUAACUGUAAGAAACAGUAAGUAAUAAGUGACUCAAAACUAAAUGCAUGCAAUACGAGAACAAACAUCUGUGAUUUCUGAGUGCAAAUUUAAUCUACAAACGCAUUUGGAUACAUGAUAUAUAUCACCACAUACAUGAUGUUAUUUUUUUUCCUUUAAAAAUUUUAGAAACAUAGAUAAACAAUCAACAGUUAAGUGAAAGUUUGGAAGUAUACAGUUGAUGCAUUUUAUGUUUAUUAUGACCGUUUAUAAUAAUAGUCUGUGUGCCAUGGAUGUCUACACAUUGCUCCAUCUCAGUUUGUGUUUUGUGUGUUCAUCUUGGAAAGCAUGUUUUUUGUGGCAAUUGUAUGUACUCAAGAAUAAACAGUUUUGUCAAGAAUAAUACCAUAAUGUAUGAAUUUUAAAUUGAAGUUUUGCGAUAUAAAGGAUAAAAGUAUUAUAUCCUUUGAUAUUGGUGUCUAUAAUUGUGUGGGACUUUUUUCAAGUGAUUCCGCACAUAAUGUUUGAUGUUAAACUAGUAAAUAUCUUGAAAGUGUUGGUGGCAUUUAUGAGGUAUAUAUGUGAAAUCAAAGUCUGUAAAUGUGUCAUUAUAUUAACCAGCUGAAUUAUGUCUGUCAGUAAGAUCAGUGUGACUUUGACAUCAUUUGAGUAGGAUGCAUUAGGUAUGAAUUGCACUUGUCCAUCCGUCCUGUACGUAAGUCCUUACCCUUGUGUUUUUAGAUCCAUCUUUUAUCUAUGGCUUUAUUUCGCUCAAACUUAUACAUUUGAAAAACCUAAAUGUGUGGAUUGGUAUUAAGAAAGAAAUUUUGAAUUUGGCUGAGGUUUGGCAGAAUUAUGGUUUUUGUUUGUUUUUCCAGUAUAGAAUACAUUGUAUCAACGUUUUGUGAGUUCAACUCCUCUUUAGCUACUUUGUGGAUCGCGCUUUAACUGCAUAUGUGUAUCUUAAAGAAAGGAAAUUUUGCGACUUUAAAUUUUGGCAGAAUUAUUACCUGUUUGCCUGUUUUCCCACUGUUGAAUAAAUACUAGUAGUGGAUAUGUCUGUGUCCGAAUGUGUGUUGUGGGGUUAACAGUAAUGUCUGUGUCCGAAUGUAUGUUGUGGGGUUAACAAAAUCUGGGAAACUUUUAUAGUUUAACUAUAUUUAUCAUGUACUUGAUUGUUAUGCCCCCAGAUCAAAUGAUCGGGGGUAUGUAGAUUUUGGCCUGUCUGUCUGUCAUUGUAUGUGUGUUUCCCAAAACUUUACCCUUGGUCAUAACUUUUGCAAUAUUGAAGAUAGCAACUUGAUAUUUUGCAUGCAUGUGUAUCUCAUGGAGCUGCACAUUUUGAGUGGUGAAAAGUCAAGGUCAAGUUCGUCCUUCAAGGUCAAAGGUCAAAUAUAUGGCUUCAAAGCGCAGUAGGAGGAAUUGUGUUUCACAAACACAGCUCUUGUUUUAUAAGGCAGUGUCAUCAAAUUAAGUGUUCAAAUGUCUAAUUUGACUUUGAAUACAUUUUAGUUUGUGCUAAAUUUGUCGAUGAUUAAAAGCAGAAGUUAAAAAAUAUGUCCAAACAAAGCUGAUAUCAGUUUGGUAGUUUAUUAUAGUUAAAAGCAAGUAGUAUUUAAAAGACAUGCUAUAUUGUUGGAAAACGAGAACUACAAUUAUAUAUGUGCAGUUCUGAGUCUGCAUCAUAACGUUCUAAGCAAAAAUGUGAAGGCAUCAAAAACGAAGUUACAGACUAAAAUUGAUGAAAAAAUGCAUGAUUUGAAUAAUUUAAUGCGUAUAUAUGUGCAAUACAUUCAAAAGCUUUCUGUUUGUAGCUUGGUUUUGGUUUCACAUGUUAUAGAUAAAUGUGUAUUUUGUCAAGCAAGAGCAAAAUAGUGUAAGUUCAGUUUAGAUACAUAGAAAAUGUGUGUAUGCCAGUACAUACAUUUUUUUGUUGUUCAAUUCAUUGAAAGAAAUUCAGUUUACAACGUACAGUGUAUACUUUUUGAUGAUAAGUUCUGCUUUAAACAACAUUUGUUAACAAGUUAACCCGUCAAAGAUCGUAAAUGAAAAAUAAAUUCACUUGUUGAUACUGUGUCUUGACAUUCCAGGGAAAUUGUGAUUUUGUUGUUAAAUUUCCCCCUUGUUAGUUUCUGUAUUCGUUAAGACUAACUGUUUGUGGGACGGUUUUAGUUCAUUUGAAUGCAUAUAUAAUUAUAUAUAUAAACGUUUUGCACAGGCAUGGGAUUAAGUGCCCGAUUGUUAUACAUGUUGUUACAUAUUCUAAUAUUAUGUUGUACAGUAUAGCAUAAGAAGUUAUAAUAUUUACCAUGGGCUGUGGCAAUACGUCUUAAUACCUAACAAAUUUCAAUUUGCAACAAUUUUAUGAUAAUUGCAUCAUUAAAAAUGAAAAUAAUA